AUGCGACCGCCGAGCAGAACAUCAGCUGCAGCAUCAAGACUGGAAGCUGUGAGCUGCGAAGUUCGAAUUGAUCCCUGGAUCACGGAGCUUCUUCAUGACCCAGUCUCUGGUGCAAUUCUUUCGCGUGUCUUGGUCAUCAGAUCGACUGCAACAUGUGAAGACCGCAGACUGCAUAAUAAUCUCCAAUACCUUAAGCACGAGGAUAGGGCAAGUGAACGACGUCAACCUAUGACUGGUCCAACAAAAAUGUGUCUGAUUGAAAUUGAGAGCACGAAGACUCUCGUCGAGCUGUCCAAUUUCUCGUCUGAGCAUAAACGUUCCAUGGCUACGAACGCAGUGUUCGAUAAAGAACUCACUUUCCUGGAGCAGUCGAUAUUGAGGUCAUGUCACUUCAGUCACUACAACUUGAGUCGGCAUUAUAAUGCCAUGCAAAUCUGCCACAUCUCGCUCAAGUAUGGCACUCGACUUCGCCUCAUCUUUCCAUCUCCUCUUAAGGCGCGGCCUGCAGAAACAAUAGAUGUAGAAUGCACAGUAUUGAAUUGGGGAACGAUGCUUCGCCGCCAGAACCAUUUAUCCGGAAAGACCACUCUACAUUUCCUCACCUUGAGCAAUGACGAUUUGGUCCUUUAA